UCCGGGGAGAGCGGAUAUAGUGAAUGCGGGGUCCGGGGAGAGCGGAUAUAGUGAAUGCGGGGUCCGGGGAGAGCGGAUAUAGUGAAUGCGGGGUCCGGGGAGAGCGGAUAUAGUGAAUGCGGGGUCCGGGGAGACCGGAUAUAGUGAAUGCGGGGUCCGGGGAGAGCGGAUAUAGUGAAUGCGGGGGUCCGGGGGAGAGCGGAUAUAGUGAAUGCGGGGUCCGGGGAGAGCGGAUAUAGUGACGGAUAUAGUGAAUGCGGGGUCCGGGGUGUAGUAACACUGAGAAUCAAACUAUAAACCAAGGGUCC